AUGGAGAUGCCUCAGGUCUACCGACCAAUUCCUCGCCGAGCUUUUGAGCUCACACCUGCCUCGACCGACUCAUCUCACCCUCCUUCGCCCGCCGAGGCUACGAGCCCUGAAUCGCUCAAUGCCCAGAAGCCUGACCUCCCCCCAAGUCGCACGCGAUCAAUCCUCAACCUGACUUCUUCCACUCUGCUUGGGAUCUACUCCCCUCUCACAUCAGAAGGGACGCGGGAUGAAACAUCGACACCUUGGGGCACAGGUGCACAGACACCCAGUAAAAGACCGAGCGUAGACGACUACAACUACGAAUCACCUGUGGUCCCAGCGAAUUGGAAAGGCGAGACCACAAAACCUCGGUUAAAGGUGAAGAGAAAAGGCUUUCGCGGCUACCUCGUGCCUUUGCUUUUGCAGACCUCACUCUUGUUCGGAUGUGGUAUUGGCUAUGGGACCAUCAUCACACAUCUGCACAAGACUCAACGUAUAACGCCGGUGCCAGUGCCUGACAUCGAUCGGAGUUCCGUGUACUAUCAGGUCUCUUGGGGUAUAUUUGGCAUCCUGCUCGGGAAUGCGUUACCUCUCGUCGAUUCUUUCUGGCAAAGAUUCGUGUCGUCUCAGGCAGAGUCGGCUAAGAGGACGGCUCUUCAGCCUGAAACUGCCAGUUCUGCCUCGUCCUCUGACAGUACAUUGGGCCCUCUGUGGUAUUCUGCCGUUCGCAGCAUGGGGGCGUUCGUUGGUAUUGCGUUUGCAGUGCGCCGGAUUCCCUGGCAAUCGACGCUGCAAGUAGCUUUGACGUUGGCCCUGGCCAACCCUGUCCUGUGGUAUCUUAUCGACCGAUCCUUGCCUGGCUUCGCUUUUUCAGCAGCCGUAAGCACCAUCGGCACUUUGGUCAUGUUAGUGGUGGACCCCAAUUUUGUGCCAGUUCCAGCGAUUCACCAGCCAAUGGCGUCUGAAAAGUUUGGUGUAUAUACUUGGUUGGCUAGCAUACUCUUCUGCACGAGCCUCUGCUUUGGAGCGAUUGGAAGGAGGCUACGAUUGUGA